GGAGCGCAGAGGGCCGACUUGCAGUGGGCGCAGCUUGAUGGUCGGUGCGCUGCUGCGUGAUAUUUCCCACUGUGGGCGACCGAGGCAUCGCUCUUUCAAAGCGUCACAGCAGCUUUUUUGUGUGGAAAACAUUCGAUUUUUUUUAAAGCAGUCCCAGAUCCGUCCGUUUGAGCGUGUGCGUGCAAGCGUGCGUCAGUGUGCGGUACGUGGAAGUUGUGCCCAGAAGGGGGAGGGCAGCGUGGAUUCUUUCUUCUUUCUUUCUUUCUUUCUUUCUUUCUUUCUUUCUUUCUUUGAAAUCGAACUUUCUAAGCAUGAACGCAGACACUUGCGUCUCAUACUGCGACAUGACAUCGAUGGAUUCCUAUUACAGUCCGUCUUCGGCGCACCCGACGAACCCGUUCAGGACUUUCAGCACCACCGAAGCCAAAUACAGUCCCACCUUUGCGGGCGGGAAAGGGCAUGCUUUCGCGGACAAGUCCCGGUCCAGUCCCUUCCAGCCCGAGUGCCAGUCGCUGGAUGGCGCGGAAGGAGAGGGUACCUUCAACAAGUACCAGCUCUUCAUGCACAAGCCCGCCUACAAGACUCUCCCCGAGGGCGGCAAGCUGCACACCGGCAUCCUUCCCUGCUACGGAAAAGACAAUGAAUUGACAGAGUCAGAGCUGCCCUCCAGUGUUGACACCCCUGGGAUGGAAGGCAGUUACCUAAAUCUGAAGGAAACCGGCGUGAAGGGGCCAAGCGAACGUCCAGGUUCAGAUCUUUCCAGCCCUCUGGACAAGAACGAGGCUGAGAGCAACAAAGGCAAGAAGAGGCGUAACCGCACUACAUUUACUAGCUAUCAGCUGGAGGAGCUGGAGAAAGUCUUCCAGAAAACACAUUACCCAGAUGUGUAUGCCCGUGAGCAGCUGGCACUGAGGACGGACCUGACAGAGGCUCGUGUACAGGUGUGGUUCCAGAACCGGAGAGCCAAGUGGAGGAAGAGGGAACGCUUUGGCCAAAUGCAACAGGUUCGAACACAUUUCUCUACUGCCUAUGAGCUGCCUCUCCUAACUCGGUCUGACAACUAUGCGCAGAUCCAGAACCCUUCUUGGAUCGGCAGCAACAGUGGCACUUCUCCAGUGCCAGGUUGCGUUGUUCCUUGUGAUACUGUGCCCCCCUGCAUGCCCUCUCAUGCGCAUGGUCACGGCGGGGUCUCAGACUUCCUCGGUGUGCCCAGCCCAGGGAGCAGCCACAUGGGACAGACACAUAUGGGCAGUCUAUUUGGGGGUCCUGGAAUGGGAGGAGGGAUCAAUGGCUUCAAUCUCAAUGUCGAUCCAGACCGCAAGUCGUCCAGCAUUGCAGCACUACGUUUGAAGGCCAAGGAGCACAGUGCUGCCAUUUCUUGGGCAACAUGAUGUUCUGCUUAUCCUAAGCGGCCAUCAUCAAGCACUCAUAAUAAUGCAGGUCAAGUGAACAAGGAGCGACUGCAGAUAUAGCAGAAACCAUGCAGUGGCCAACUCAACUGAGAUAAUGUCUGUGACUGUGACAGUCAGCAGAUACUGAACACUAAAGAUCAUAGAGGGGGUCUUGAUUCAUUAAUGUGUCAGGUCUUAGUGCUCAUUUUCACAAAUUUAAACAAACAAUAUCACAAACACGUGCUGCAAAAUACACUCAGUAGGACUAUAUGUUAGUUGACUUGGAGUCAUAUCUUCUAUUUACCUGACCAUUCAAGGUCCCUCACACAAGAAAGACAUUGUUAUUUUUUUAACGUGAAGGACCCUGUACGAUGGUAGUUCAGUUUUCGUUAUUAAAAUUGCUCCAAAAAGGUCAGACCAAAACAAACUGAGAGCUGACAAGGCCUGUGCCAUUUCAAGCCAGAAGUGCUCAUUUCAAGCCAACGUGUCAUUUCCUCCUGCAGAGCCAACACCGCAGGUUGCCCUGAGAGUCCCAGUGUAACGGAUGCCAGCCUGUGAGGCUGUGCAAGUGUACGUUGGUAAACCUCACUCCCUCUGCCUUAAGAGUUGCACUGAACACGCGGUCGACAGUCCGGGCUUUUGGCUGUGUGGUCAGCGCUCUCGCCUCCCAUUGCGAAGGUCCUGGGUUUGAGCCCCGGUGCGGGCGGUGUGAAACAGGGUGGGUUACACCAGCCUCGGGUUACAGGAAACAGCGUCCACAGUGGCUAUCGGCAGCCUUAAACGUCAACUUGUCACGCCAUCUUCACAACGCAACUAGACACGCUUACUGAGCAUCACAGUGGGCCUCCAGGACAUACUGUACAGUACGUGGUGAAGACACAUCCGGUACAAAUAUUGUAAUGGUCAGCUUAUGGUUCAACAUAGGCUCAGCAGAGAUGACUCCUGAAUCACAGAAUCCGACACAUGCCAGAGACUGCAGACUGAAUCAGUGAGUCUAACUGCCCGGUGGAUAAUUCUAUAAUGCUUAGGUCAGGGGUGUCUGAAGCACGGCCCGUUCUUUUUGGCCUGCAGCACAUUAUAAAAGUAGAACUUAACAAGAAAUUACAAAAAGAAAAAAAAACACAUAACCAAGGAAAAAUCUGCAGUAAUUUUACAAAAAUAAAAGUUGUAAGUUGUUAAAGAGAAAAAGUCUUAUUUUCAUGAGAACAUCGUAAUAUGAGGAAAAACACCCUUUUUGUAGCAUAAAGUUGGAACAUUAAAGAAAAAAAGACGUAAUACAAAGUGGUACUAUUGAGAGAAUCAAACAAGAUUUAUAAAGUUGUAAAUUAGGUCGCACGUUACGCUACGUGAAUUAAGUCGAAAUAUUACGGGAAUAAACCAGGGACGCUCUGAUCAAUCGUCCACCGAUUAGUUGACUUCCAUAAAACGUGAUCGGUUGUCAUACAUUAUACAGAUGUAAUUUAUCUUAAAAGUAAGACAUGAACAACAUCAAAUUAAAAGCACAAAAUGAAUGCCAACAGACCAUCCACCAGUUCAAGCCUGGAGUUUUGGGUAUUGGGGUAUCACUGGGCGACACCAUUCCAUGCCAGCGUGUUAGAGCACUCGCUUAUCAAACCUAUUGCUGUUCCACUUUUCUUGCAUCUUUCUUCACGUGCUUUGCCUAGCCGUCACUGUCGCCACUCGAGUCAUCCGCCGAAUUUCUGGUCUUCGGACUCCAAAUGUGACUUUUUACCACAAGGACAUUUUGUUUUUAAAACGAAACAAGCAAUGUGGUUAGUUUGGAGCUCUGUUUUGUCCCACGAGGAAGUGGAUAUCACAUUCAUGAGGUACGUACUAACUUUUUCAAGCGUCACUGAACAAUUUUGCUGUCUUGUUGUCAUUCUAACUUAAGCAGGACACAUUUGUAUUUAAUAAAGAUAUUUAUUUCUAUUAUUUUAUUCUGUUCAUUUUCUUAUCUUGCGCUAACAAAAAGAAUUGAAUCGUUUAUUUCCCCGUGAAUUUGCAUUAUUCCAAAAGAUGCAUCAAAUUAAAUUCAGGUUUAUGUAAAAUAGUACAAAUAUUGAAAUAAAAGCCAAAAAAAGAGAAAAAAAAUCCACCCAAAAGUUUAUUUUGUAAUAUUGACCUAUUUGCCAGGGGCCCUGGCCAAUAGUGCUCAUCAUGAAUAAAUUGAAAUAUAAACGCUUAAUCCAUGUGAUCAGUAUCGGCUGAUCUCAAUCAUGGAUGGACGGUAUCUGAUUGGAGCAUCCCUAGAAUCAAGUCAUACUUACAAAAAGAACAUUUACAAGAAGAAAGUUGAAAUACAUGGAAAUUAAAAAAAAACAGCCGUCAUUUUACGAGAUUAAAGUCAAAAUAUGACUGAAAAAAAAGUUGUAUUUGAAUGAGAAAAGUGCCAUUUUUUCUCACGUCAGUGUGAGCAGUACGAGUCAGAUGUUUUCCAAAUGCAACACAAGCCUCUUUUGCGUGUGGCCAUAAAAUCCAGUGUGUAUCUGAUGCUACUGGAUCUUGUACGUCCUAUAAAGUCAUCAAAAGGCGUGGGCAAAAGUUCCUCGUCAUCCGAAAAGGACUUUAAAAAUCUAUGUCAGCAAAGCGCCUUGCGUCGGUGCCCCACCACUCCAGCAGAACCAAUUCCUCGGGAAGUUCCAAGUUCCACUCGUAUGCAAAAUGUUGUCUCCGGUUGCAAAAAACAAAAUAAAAAAUUGCCACAAAUGUGCCAAAACAGACCAGAAAUUGCAGACAUGUUUGCUUCCUUCCGUAAACACACUUUGAGGCGUGGGACCUCUGUGUUUUGUGCACAUGCGCGUCACUUCCUGCCCGUAUCGUGUUCACAUUUUACACAAGUACAAGUUGAAUUUUUUGGGGGGGGGUCAUGGAUGUUAACAAGAAAUCCAAAUUGGGCAAUCAUACACUUUGUGUGUUACCAAAAAGUGUCUCGCUAGAGUUUGACGGCAGGCUGGAGACACAUUGCAUUUGACAUUUGGCUGAUAUUGCUGAGACAAGGCUACUCCGUCUGUAUCAGUGAGCACGGGUUCUACUUAUGUCGUUGACAUGGUGGAUAUUUACCUCGGCUGAUUUGACUUCUUGGUACAGGAUUGAUUGCAUCGAGUGAAAACAUUCUGACACUUACUGUAUGUACAUUUUCACACAUUCAGCAGGUGUCACGUGCGUUCUGGCCAAUCAGAAGCCUGAAAAAGCUGCCACAGUCGACUUGGUGGUUCAUUAUAACUCCUCUGUUCUCAGUGUGGAGAGAUAGUAGACGUAAAAUGACAAGAGCCCGGGAGACACCAUGAAUGGAGGGAGGGGGGGGACACAUCUGUCCACAGCUGCAGGAAGUGAAACCAACACCAGUAGGUUUUGUUCAAUAAAGUUGGCUGAGUUUCACUCAUCCACACACAAAAACUGACUAACAUGUCCACAUUGAAUGGAGUUUUCUAAAAGCUGUUUUUAAAAAGGAAAAGUGCACUUUUUUGGAGGAAUGUUGCCCGUCAUCCACAAUCCUUAUGUGAGACAUGAACACACACAGAGACAGCUGCAUGUAAUGCGACAAAGACUGCCAUUCAAACCUCCAACGAGGUUUUACGGUUUUCUCUGCAUGCUCUGAGCAGGUAGCGACCGGUGCAUUCAUGAUAACAUGGAAUACUUACGUACAUCAUGUUGGUUCUUUUCAGCAUUAGCGGAACGGCCUUCCUGGAUGCACGGACUUCACAUAGCAACACCAAGCGUUAACUUUUCCCAAACUCAAAAAGGAAAAAACACCAGCGGCAAUGGGGGCUGCUCCAAUAUGUCACGUUAUUUUUUGUGAAGGUUGUUGCCAGCCGGUGUGGUGUGGCAAAAUGUCAAUACGCCGGUGAUGUUGCUCGACUGGCAUAAGAAUGUUAAAAAUAAUAUUAAUAAUAAUAAUAAUAUUGCUGUAGUUUGGUUAAUAAGUGCGUCACAUUAUAUGUACAGCCCUGGUCCCAUGAUGUUGAAGUCAAUCAUGUCGAACAUCUCCUGAAAAAGAUGAAUCUAGUCAAACAGCUUUGGGUCAUAGCGACAACUCAUGUUUGAUGCAGAACAGCAAAUGAUAAAACAAACUAGGAGAAAAAAUAGAAAAAGUGAAAGAUUGCUGCGACACAGGUAUUAGCGCCCUUUAAAGUCCAUUUGACUCAUCUGUGACAAAUCGGAAAUGAAAAUCACUUGUGUUAGGGUUAGGGUUAAGGUUACUGUUAAACUGCGGCCACAUGACAUGAAUUAAGCAAUGAAUUAUGACCUAAAUGUAUUAAAAAGCCACAUAUUUUUUGUUUGUUGGUCACAAUGGGGACGACAAUAGGAGCUGUCUGGAGACCUCAGAAGCACUAUUAUUAGCAAACACAGGACCGCUAAAGAAUAAAGGCCAUCUCCAAGGGCCUUGGUGUCCCAGGUUCAUCCCAGUACAUAAUGUUAAGACAUUUUCAAAGAAUGGAACUGUCAAGAACCUCCCUGGACGUGGCGGGAAGAGGAAAAAUCGAUGAGAAGUCUUUGAAAUGUCGGUGCGGAUUGUGGAGAAACGCCACGUAAAACCGAGCUGACCUGGAACAAUCUGGGCUCACGUUUUCAACUCGCUCAAAACCAAGCAGGACUCUACAGACGAAGGUUUGAGUCGAAGCUCAUGGUUUCUCCAGCACGAUCAAGACCCAAAGCACACAUCCAAAAGCACGCAGGAAUGGCCGAAAAAGAAGGAAGGGACUGUUUGAAACUGUGUGGCGAUGAGUCCUGAUCUUGACCCCAUUGGAAAUCUGUGGUGUGAGGAAUCCUGCAAACGUUCAACGAAAUUGCAAAGAAAGAGCGUAAGAAAAUACCAGCUGAGAAGUGCAAGAAGCUUCAAGAUGGCUCCAAGAAACGUCAUUGCUGCCAAAGGGUGCGCCACCAAAUAUUCAGGAGGGGUACUUUUGUUGCUGUCCAGGUCAUUGUUUGUGUUUCCUCUUUGAAAUUGAAACAUGUAAUGUUAUUUUUGUUGUUAGAUCCGUUCAUAAACUCUGUUGAUAUUCAUUUGGUACAUUUUCGUUUAUUUAUGAAAAUGUUGUACUGGUUGUGCAAGUGUCAAGAACUGCUGAAGUGCUGAAUCCCAAAUUAGCAGAGCAAAACGAGAGUCUGUGCAAAAAGGUUUUAAUAACAAAAGAAGACUCACGAGGAGUAAAAUACAAAAACACAAAAGGGGCAGAGCCAAGUCCAGCAUGAAACUGAAAGUCCGCCGUGGUCGGGCGCAAGAGAGGUGGGCGGGGCUCGGCGAACAAGCGACUACAAUGUCGGAGUAUAAAAUAAAUCUAUGUGGUUUUGAAAUAGGUUCCAGGCCAAUGCAGUAAUUAACUGCGGCGCAUAAAGAAAUUAAUUUGCGGUCAUUUACUGUGUCUCCUUGUUUUUAGUGUAGCCUAUUUGUCAAAUUCACUGCAUGUUUCUUUUGAGGGCAAUAAGCCAUUAUUUAUCAUCACAACGCAAAUCAAAUAAGUAGAAGCUGAUUAUCAGAGUAGGCAAUUGAGUAGCCUACAUAACGUCACUUACCUUCCAUUGACUUUGUUUGCUUUGUUUACUUUCUGGCCAACUGCAAAAACAAAGCAGCUGCCGUAAAGAUUUGGUGGGCUCAUGCUCCGAUCUACGAUCACUAAAAAAAAAGGCAAAAACGUCUAAUUACAACUACAACUUUUUUUUUUCCUGCAUGACGAUGACUCCACUAAGACUGAACUAUCCAGACUGUAUUGGCUGGUACCACAGGUCGAUAAAAUCCCAAACCUUUUAAAAGACUAAAGAAGGAGUCUAAAAUGCAGGUAGAUGACAUGAAUAAACACUUGUAGAAAGUAGUGGAGUAGCCCGCUGUGCCCUGAACAGCUCUCAUUAAAGCUAAUGGGUCACAGUGCCCCAGCCAGGCUCGAAUGACAUCCUGAGGCCGGCAUGGUUAAGGGACCAUGAAGACCGUUAGGGCACUUCAAAGUUCAGCUCGCUACAUUAGAGCUCUGCUGAUAUGGCAAAGAGGGGACAGAUCAAAUUACUUAUUCAGCACUUUAUUUCUCCGUCAAUGGUCCGGUCAGUCAGUGUGCACCAUAAACAAAUGGACGCUUGAGCUGUUCAUUAAAAAGGCCAUCCGGGCUGUAAAUCAGUGCUCUUAGAAACAUCUGAGUUGGCCUUUUAGCUUACUUUAAACAAUCCUUAAGUUUAAUGAACAUACUGUAGCUGGUACCAACACAUCGAAUAACAUUUUUCCCCACACACCUAAGCAGUAAAAAUAUACAGUGGUGCCUGUGUAUGGUACACCGCCAUCUUGGGUCACAGGCCCAAGACCAAAUCUUGCGAUACAUGCACGUGAUUGCACGAUUCACUGUGGCCCAUGGACGCAAUUUUAGGGCAACAGCGUGUGUUUCUAUCAGAUGUGCUGCCACCAGACAUAACAAAACGGAUGCACAAAACGGAUGCAACAAAACAUGGAGUGCACAAAAAAUAAAGGUAAUGAACCGUGCCGCGUCAUGGGUGCAAGACCCCUGACUUUUAGAAGACUGCCGUCAUUUCAAAAGUAUGAAAAUGUGACCGAGUGCUUCAGCCAUCGGCUGCAAUUCUCUCUCUCACACACACACACACACCUAAAGAUUCAAGAUUCAAGAUUCAAGAGAGUUUUAUUGUCAUGUGCAUAGUACAACAGCAGUUAUACCAUGCAAUGAAAAUCUUAUUCUGUUCAUUCUCCCAAGAAAAGAAAGAAAACACAAGACAGAAUAAGAACAUAAGAAACAUAAACACAUAAACAUAUAUACCAAUAAAUUAAGCAACAACAACAGAAG